AUUUUUAUAGAUUCAGUCAGCUGUUCUAGCUAUUAUAACACACAAAUUUCGAGUAUUCGGCGUUUUUUACAUUUGUGUAUUUUGAAUAAAAAAAUUCAGGAUGAAUGUGUGUAAAAAUUUCAAGUUUCUACGCAUUGCACGCAACUGCAUACGCAACUAUGCUGGAAGGAUACCAGCGCCCAGAUCUACAAACAAUGCAUUCACAUUAGAGCCUCUCCGUCAGCGGGAAUUGAUACGUGUGCAUGGCGCCGAGGUGGUGCCAUUUCUCCAGGGCCUCGUGACGAACGAUGUGUCCCGCUUGCAAGAGGCCAACGGGCCCUCAUCGAUGUACGCAUUGUUUCUGAACCGAGGCGGUCGUUUAAUGUACGAUACAAUCAUCUAUCGCACCAAUGAUCCGGACACCUUUUUGCUGGAAUGUGAUCGAGAUGCGUCCUCGGAUUUUCGUCGCCAUUUGCGCAUGUAUCGCGUACGCAAACGCAUCGACAUUGACACCGUAGACGAUGAGUAUGUGCCCUGGGUGAUCUUUAAUGAGAGUGGACGGGGCGAUAUACGUACACACAAGGCUAUGGAUUUGUUUAUUGCACCGGAUCCGCGUGUCGGGAGUAUGGGCACUCGUGUCCUGGCGCCUGCCGAUUUGAAUUCCACAAAGCUGUCCAAGGACUUAUGGCGCAAUCAUGAUGUGGUCGCCAUUAAUCCCACACCCGAUAGCAACUAUAAGCUGCUGCGCUAUAAGCAGGGUAUUGGUGAGGGUAUUGAGGAGCUGCCGCCAGGCAAAUGCUUUCCGCUUGAGGCCAACGCCGAUUAUCUCAAUGGAGUUAGCUUCAACAAGGGCUGCUAUGUGGGCCAGGAGCUAACAGCACGGGUUCAUCACUCUGGUGUCAUACGUAAACGUUAUAUGCCCAUACGCUUUACAGCGCCUGUUAGCUCCAAUCAAACUGUAAAAUCUGUUGCUGGCGCAAAUCUUGGGCGCGUUUUUGGACAUGCCCAUAACCAUGGCGUGGCUUUAUUGCGCAUUGAACCCGUGCUCCAUGGUGACCAGCAACUAGUGCUCGAUGGCGAACGCUGCUUUGUGGAUCGUCCGCAUUGGUGGCCCAAGGAUAUGACCGCCAAACGUGGUCUUGCUGCUAUGGAAUGACCUAUUGAAACUUGAAAGUUUUUAAUGUUAGAUGUAUUAAUUGUAUAUAUUCCUAGGCUAUCUAAUUACUAAAGUUACGUCUCGUACAGUUGGCCAAGC